GUAUGCAGGACUGGGGCACUGCUAUGGCCGUGCUCCUCCUUUCCGGGGUAAGUCGGGUGACCCCGGACUGCUGCCCAGUGGUCCAAGCUGCCACGAGGCAUGUUUGCAGGCGCUCGGUGAAAGAGCCUAGUCUAGCAGGAUUUCUUUUUUUGCGUUUGCAAGGCGAAGUGCCAUGUGACUGCGCAAUUUUUCGACGUGCGAGGAAACCGGAGCAUCGAACGUGCCGAAAUCUUGGGCACGCGGAAAUGGCAGAGGGCGAGGAAAAGAAACGAAACAAGCUUUUCGAAUAUCAGAUUUUUGAAUCGGGCCUGGACUUGCUGCUGGCGGGCGGUCAGCUGACCGGGCAUGCAUGGAACCGGUGCGCCUUGUGACCAUUGGUCAUACUGCACACGUGAUCUGCCAGUUUUUGGUGAUUCGCCCAUUUUCUGGUUAUUCGCCUGUUUUCUGGUGAUGUUGCCUCGGUAUUCGAGACAUCUCGGUGCCGCGCGUGCGACUGGCAAACAAGAAGCUGUGUCGGCAUAUUCAUCUGAUUGCAGGAACACAUUUUUAUUCUAUUCUGCUACAUUCAUAUAAUUGAAAGUAUGAAAUAACAUAUCAAAAGCCUUCAAACAGAUCCCAAAUACAUACUUGGCCUAGAUAGCCUUCUUGAAAAAUCAGUUUACGGGUGUGCUUUGCUCUUCCAGCUGAGGAUUUCUUCUUUGGGUGCAGUUUCUUACUGGAUGCGGUUGGCUCCAAGCGUGUCAUGCUUCUUCCUUUCUUCCUGUACAUCGCCGGUGACGCACUCAGUCUUCCCGAAGCUCUUCAGAUAGCUGAUUAUCAAUUGCAAAAAG